CCGCAACCCCUCCACCAACCACCUCUACCCCCAACCCGAUUUACCUCCCAUACCCCCCCCCCUCAUACCCGACAAGAUGGAUCACGCCAAGUUGGCUAAGAUGCAGCAGAGCGUGCGGAUUGGAGGCAAGGGCACUCCCCGCCGCAAGGUCAAGAAGGUCCACCGGACUGCUGAUGCCGACGACAAGAAGCUCCAGACCGCCCUCAAGAAGCUGAACGUCCAGCCCAUCCAGGGUAUUGAGGAGGUCAACAUGUUCAAGGAGGACGGCAACGUCAUCCACUUCGGUAACCCCCGCGUCCACGCCUCCGUCCCCUCCAACACCUUCGCCCUCUACGGCCACGGUGAGGAGAAGGAGCUCACCGAGCUCGUCCCCGGCAUCCUCAACCAGCUGGGCCCCGACAGCCUCGCCUCCCUCCGCAAGCUCGCCGAGUCCUACCAGAACAUGCAGAAGGCCCAGGGCGACAAGAAGGAUGACGAUGAGGAUGAUAUCCCCGACCUCGUCGAGGGUGAGAACUUCGAGAGCAAGGUCGAGUAAAGAGCUGCAGCUUGAAAUUAUGUUUCUUUGGUAUAACUCGAAAAACAAAUUCGGCAUUUCAAUGCUUUGAUGAUGCUCCAUGAUGCGGGACGGUCUCCCGUACUCGGUAACUUGAUUGGAAUUUCUUUGAAAUAUUAAAAUUUGGGGGUGAUGAUCCAAUGAAGUGUAUUCAAUCCAU